GCGCCGCCCGCCCGCCUGGCCCACGGAGCCCAUGGACCUGAGCGCGGCCGCCGCGCUGUGCCUCUGGCUGCUGAGCGCCUGCCGCCCUCGCGACGGACUCGAAGCGGCCGCUGUGCUGCGAGCGGCGGGGGCAGGGCCGGCCGGGAGUCCCGGGGGCGGCGGCGGUGGCGGCGGGCGGACCCUCGCCGCAGCUGCGGGUGCCUCCACUGGCCCGGCCGCCGCGGCCCCCGGGGCCCGCGCUGCGCGGCGCGCUGCCAGCUCCGGCUUCAGGAACGGCUCCGUGGUGCCGCACCAGUUCAUGAUGUCGCUUUACCGGAGCCUGGCCGGGAGGGCUCCGGCCGGGGCAGCCGCCGCCUCCACCUCGGGCUCUGGCCGCCACGGCCGCGCGGACACAAUCACCGGCUUCGCAGACCAGGCGACCCAAGACGAAUCGGCCGCCGAGACCGGCCAGAGCUUCCUAUUCGACGUGUCCAGUCUCUCCGACGCCGACGAGGUGGUGGGCGCGGAGCUGCGCGUGCUGCGCCGCGAGUUUCCGGAGCCGAGCUCCGGCAGCGCGAUUCCCCAGCCGCUGCUGCUGCUGCUGUCCACGUGCCCCGGCGCCGCCAGCGCGCCGCUCCUGCUGCACUCGCGAGCGGCCGAGCCCCUGGACGGUGCGCGCUGGGAGGUGUUUGACGUGGCGGACGCCGUGCGGCGCCACCGCCGGGAGCCGCGCGCCACCCGCGUGUUCUGCCUCUUGCUGCGCGCAGCGGCCGGGCCGGCGCGGGGCCCGCUGGCACUGCAGCUACUGGGCUUCGGCUCGCGGGGUGGAGGCGGGGCCGCGGCGGAAGAGCGCGCCCUGCUCGUUGUCUCCUCCCGCACACAGAGGAAGGAGAGCCUGUUCCGGGAGAUCCGCGCCCAGGCCCGCGCGCUCGGGGCCCCGCUGGCCGCGGAGCCGCCGCCGGAUCCGGGACCCGGCACCGGCUCGCCGACGGCGGUCAUCGGAGGUCGCAGGCGGCGGCGGACAGCGCUGGCUGGGACGCGGGCGGCGCAGGGCAGCGGCGGGGGCGCGGGCCGGGGCCACGGGCGCAGGGGUCGGAGCCGCUGUAGCCGGAAGCCGCUGCAUGUGGACUUCAAGGAGCUGGGCUGGGACGACUGGAUCAUCGCGCCGCUGGACUACGAGGCGUACCACUGCGAGGGCGUUUGCGACUUCCCGCUGCGCUCGCAUCUCGAGCCCACCAACCACGCCAUCAUUCAGACGCUGCUCAACUCCAUGGCGCCCGACGCGGCGCCUGCCUCUUGCUGCGUGCCUGCGCGCCUCAGCCCCAUCAGCAUCCUCUACAUCGACGCCGCCAACAACGUGGUCUACAAGCAGUACGAGGACAUGGUGGUGGAGGCGUGUGGCUGCAGGUAGCAGACGGGCCCGGCCGGGCCAGGGAGAGGGCAGCUGAGGACCCCUUGAUGAAGAGCAGCUGUGGGCCAGGCCUGUCGUCACCGAGCGUGGAUGCGCGUCGGACCAUGGCCCCGCGCACUCACGGAGGAGGGAGAGCAGACGUUCACACUCACACCAACACUGGUUCACUUACGCACACAUUUACCAUGGACAGCAUCUGAAAGACCUGGGAAGAGACGUCCUGCCGCUACUGAAUGUCAAAGCCAUGUGUACUCUGCAAACAGAUCACCGCUGCACCCACUGCCCCCUUUUGGGGAGAGGAUGGUGUUUGUGUUAAUGUUACAAUAACAGGCACUAAAUCAGGUAGAAACGGGUUAGGGACUUGGGGGCUCCAGAAUGGGUGAACUAAAGAGGUACUUGCUAAGUGCUGUCUCCCUGCUUUUUGUUUCUGGCCGAGUGGAGUGUGAGGCCUGGCCCGGCUGGGUGGUUGAGUUCCCCGUGUUGCACCUGGGACCGAGGGAAGGGCGGUAACGCCCUUUCUGAGGGUUUGCGUUGCACCGAGGCCAUUUACUCCGGGAAGGAACUGCUCCUAAAGGCCUUCCCUUUUUUCUCUAACUUUGAAAAUCUCACGUGCCCCCUCAGUUUUGAGAAGGAACAUUUGUCCGAAAGAAUGCAUUGUGGUGCUUCCCAGCUCCCUGCAAAGAUCAGCACCACUCUUUUUUAUCAGUUCCAACUGGGAAUGACCUAGAAAGUGGGAAAAAAAAUUUUUCUUUUGGAGGGGAGGCGAAACGGGGGGAGAGGCUUUAAACUGCGAGUCUGAGCUGACGUCAAAUUGGGGAUGAGGUAGCAUCUGCCAGGUUCUGAAGCUCCAAGCCGGGCAGCCCGAGGUGGCAGCAGUGUCUUGGGGGCACUCAGAGGAAGCUAGUGCAAUGGCUGGGAAUGGGACAGGGGGAUGGCUAUGGCUCUUCCUAGAGACCUGCCACGAAGUUUUCCUGAGGAGCUGGCGAAGAGGCUCUAAGGGCUUGGAAGAGGCAGGGAGGUGUCCUGGGGCAGGCUCUUGCAGAGCUUCAGGCUUCUCUGCCAGGUAGCUGCAGCCUCCCUCAUGACAUACUCAGAGUGGGCCCACAUGUGCGUGCGCUUAGCUAUGAAGCCUGUGUCAGCUUUUACACGCGUUCAUUGUGUUGUUGCUGUAGUUUUGGCAGUGUGAUAGUAACGGGAAGCGAAGCUACACAAAAGUGCUUUUGUGAGUAGAGGGGGAGGAAGGGCUGCUCCUCCCCUGUCUCUCUGUGAAGGGGCGUUUGCAGCUGGGCUGCUGUGGCCCCUUCAGAAGGGCUGGGCCUUGGUAUGGGCGAGGUGAGGUGGAAGCCUAUCCCCUAGUCCCUGUGUUUUGUCCCAAAGAGUCUUGUUGAUUGUAGGAUUGUCUGUUCAUGUAAGAGGGAGGUCAAACGUGCCGGCCCUCAUUGUUUUUGGUUCGUUUCUGCCUGGCAGUCCUUUGUGGCCUUGUGUAAACGGUUGGGAGAAGGAAGUUGGAUUCCACCUGCCUGGGGCUCUAGGGGCUUCUUUGAAAAACCCUGCAGUCCCCCUGGGAGCUCCUGUGGAAGGCCGUGCUGGGCUUUCUCCUUCGGAUCCCCAGAGGCAUACAUUCCCCAUUUCUUGUCGUGGAUGCUAAGGUCCAGGACAGUUUAUACAAAUUUUAAUUCUCAGUGGUUACACUCUUAAGAGAGAGAAAUAUGAAAGAUUUAGAUACAGUUAAUUUAUUUAAGGGUCCCACCUGAGUCCUUUUUAUCCUAUAAAAUUGUCCCAAAGGAAAAGAAAAUACUUUUAUACUGUGAAUUUAUAUGCUGUGGCUAUGUGAGUAGCUGUAAAUACCAGAAAAUACAAGUCUCUUCAAGUUAAAACAAACAAACAAACAUCCCAAAGUGGCUGCUGUGGUGCACUUCCCUCCAGUGUCAGAAUGGACAAAGAUGGUCCUGAUACGUUCAUGGGUUUUGCCAGAGAAGCCUCACUCUGCUUUUCUUAACUAUGAUUUUAAUGACUGCAUGGUAAUUGCUCUGAUACCUGUCAUCAUGGAGAAUUUAAAAAAUGGCACUAAAGUAUCAAAACUUGUGGUAUUAGAAGUUUUAGAAAAGAAGUUAAUGAAAAACUAUAGCUAAAUACUAUUUUGAAGAAAUUCUAGCAUAUUUAAUAUCUUUGGAUGAAAGCAAAUAUUUUGAUACUUUUUCAGUGACUAGGAAGAACAGAUUUUUGGGAAGAAAUGUCUUGAGUUAGCCUGAGGUUUUUAUGGCAGGAAAAAAAUGUCCAUUUCCUGUUUUCUUCCAGUGACCUCCUCCCUCUACCAAGAUGUGCUGUAACUGAUGUAGGAAGUAGGCACCUUCCUGCAUCCUGAAUCGAGGAUGCACCCCGGGGCGGGGGGGUGAUCCUUAGCCAGGGACAUUUCCUUCCAUGGCCCCUGCCCUCAGUGUGUUCUUUGUUUACCAAAUAAAAGGAAUGCCUCCUGGAUUUCCUCUGGUAGCUGCAGGUAACCACCAGGGGCCACCUGGGCCCUGCUCCAGACCCAGCCCUCUGGCAUCUCAGAGUUAAAAGUAGGUGAAUGGAGAGGAUGUGUGUCACUUUGUAAAAAUGACAGCCAAAGGGCCACCACCUGUGGAGGCAGACAGGUUUUUGCUGGUAUGAUGUGGUUCGACUAAAUUUACCAAGAUGUGGAGAAAAGGAUUCUGCCCACGCCAUUGGUGGUGCCCUGUACUAUCCGUUUGUCUUCUAGGCAGCAGGGAGCGGGGCUGAAUCACCCAGCUGGAAUCUCCAGUCCCCACCGAUGGUAGAGCUGGCUGCUGACAAGCAGGAUAAAGUGUGUCAGGACUGGAGUGAAGGCAGCCUCCCCACCUCAUCCCCCACCUAGGGUCACCAAAGUAUUCCUCCUAAAGUAAAUAGAAUUUUCCACUUUUGUCGGGGGAGAAUCAUGCACUACUAGUUGAGAUAAUUUCAGUCACUUUUCCUGCUGGGGAGGAGCAUUUGGGGAGCUGGAGAGGAAGGUUUCCUGCUUGGGGAGCACAGGGCAGGUCAGCCAGGGCCGGAGGUGGGCUGGUGCUGGGUCUGCCAAACACCAAGACAGUCUGGUCACUGCUGGGGGAAGCCAGACUUCGCAUUAUGGGACACCCCUAUGCUGGCAGGCGGCCAUGUCCACUGAUGCCCAAAUGCCUGCCUGGUUGAAUUCUACCUUCCAAGCAGCGGGGAUCGUCCUCUAGAGAGGGUGGCAGCUUUAUUGUCUUAGCUUGGGCAAGCAGGCUUGAGCUGUGCCAUUCGUUCCUUACAUGCUCCCCUUUGACCCACUGUCCUGGCACUUUACCCUAAUGUGCCAGGGGAAAGAGAGGAGGUGUGGAUUGUGUGAUUGUUGAGUCAAACACAUCAAACCCAUCAAACCCAGGGCAGUGACUUCUCCCCUGACAGCCAUGGAGGUGUCAGUAGGAGCGAGGACCUUGCUAUAAGCACUCAGGAGAGUACUGACCACCCUGUGGCUGUAAUUGGAGUACAGCUCAAAUCCUACAAGUCAUUUAUCCUGUUUGCAAUUUCAUUCAAACUCAUAGCAGAAAAUAACUAGGGACCGUAGACUGAUUUUCUUCUUAAAGCACAGAGAAAAACUGAAUUCUUUCCAAGAAAAAGUCGGACUCUUCCUUUGCUUGAAUCUGGUCUCCAGAAAAUCUAGGGAGAGGAAGAGAGUGCACUACAGCUGUCUCUGGGCCACAGACGUCAUCAAGGGCCUUGCUGAUUCUUGUGAGUGCAUGUCAUGAGGGAUACAGAACCUUCCCCAGGCCUGGAAAGCAGGGCCCUCUCAGUGGGCUGCGGGCCAGGGGGCCUCAAGCGGGACGCCAGGUGGGCUGGGAGGACCAAGGCUCUGGAACGCAGCAAUCUGUCAGAGGGAGCGAAGGGCCUGCAUCAUCCCCUCAGAAGGUGUCUGUACUGGGAAGGAAAGAGAGGAAGCAGAGGAGCGAACCCAGCAGUUAGAAACAUUGGCAGGGAGUGGGGAGUGACUGGAACCCUGUGGGGGUGUGCCUGAGCCUCUGUGGGCUUCUGUAUGCCAGGGUCGUAUGACCCCCACAGCACACCUGCCACUGGGCCCGUAGGGAGACUGCCCGGUGCCAGGCUCAGCAGGGUGUCUCCUGAGAGGUGUAGGGGAGUCGUGGGCAGUCCCCUCUCUGCCUGGAGCUGCGACCUCUGCCCCUGUAAAAGGAGGAGCUCCACAGGCCCCUGGUUCUAGGAUUCUACUUUGUCUAAAAAGCCCACUCACAUAGUUCAAAGGCAGAGCAACUGUGACUCCUCCUGGAAAGGUCUCCUCCGAUCCCAGUGCCAGAGUCAGCUCUCACAAGUGGAGUCGCUCUUGCUUGUGUGUGUGUGUGUGCGUGUGCGUGUGAGUCCAUUAUACACCGCGCCUCUGCCGCUGCUUCAUGGAUCUUGCUUCGAUUUCCACCUGGGGCAAGGCAGGUGCAGGGCAGGCCAGGACCUUGGGGUUAGGGCUGAGCUCACCAAAGCCACUGCCUUUCCUGUGUCCCAGCUGAGGGACACUGCCAGCCUAGCUCGAGUUGCCCCUGUGCUCACACAGGGUGGGUGGAGCCACACUCAGGUUAAGACUUUCGUGUGCCCAAGUCCUGGGAAGGCUCUCAGUUGCUGCUGGCGCCUCUGUGAGGGCAGCAGAGGAAAGAAAAGCCUGUGUCUUGUUGACAGCCCAGCCAGGGACCUGGGACUGUCCUAGAGUCCCUGGACGAGGCAAGCAAGCCUGUCUAAGGGCAGACCACUCCGCCAGGUCCUCUGCAGCUCCCACCGCCUCCUCAGCCACCUCAUCGAUGUACUUAACAUCUGGUCCAGCUUGCCAAGGGAGUGACCCAGGGGCAGGCAUCAGAAGAGCUUCCCCUUCUCUUCUUUUUUAUAGCCUGGAAAGUGGUGGCGCAGUUUAACAUUAAGAAACACUAGACGGGAGGAGUCAAAAGCUGUUAUUUCUUAUUUUUCAGACAGCUCAGCCUUUUGCACCUGCAUCUUCUGGCCAGUUAGGCUGGAGUAGUCCUCCUCCCUUUGUGCCGUUCUGGACUUUAGUCUGCGCCCAGAGGUUAGAACCGCACAGUUAAAUCUCAGCGAGGCUCUAGGUGAGAGAAGCCUGUUCUUUUCAGGAGGGCCACGCUCCCAGUCUGUGGAGAGUCACCUCCGUGGACAUAGCUGCAGGGAGAGGGCUGGAAGUUGGCCCAGGAGAUCAGUGGGGGUGACUGGGGGCUUGACAUUUGCUGCAUGGGCUCUGGUCACUCAUUCAGGGAUGCUCUCUGCUCAUGGCGUUCGCACACUCAGCCCGACCAGAGCUUGGCGUCUUCCCACCUACCCUGCAGUCUCUGGUGCAGGUGCCGUGCCUUGAAUGGGCCUGGGACUUGGCCAUGGGCCUUCUGGCCAGGCAGAGUUUGGGACGGUGCUUCAUGGUGGCAGCGGCAGUUACAGCAGAGCAUCCCAGGAAGGGUGGAGUCAAAGAGGCCACUGAAAAAUUGCUCUGCAUUUAAAGGCAUGCUUAUUGUUGUGGAAAAGUACAAAUACAGCCUCAGAACAGCACACCCAGCAGGCAGUGGUCCUCUCCCAGGCCUGUGCAGGCCUCCUGCGAGCAGUCUUGCAGGCACCUUCUAGCGUCUGUGCAAGCGUAUGCAUCUGUGCUGGCAAAAGAAAGGACUGGCUUCUCUCACACACAGCAUCCCCCUACAAUGGCAAGAGGGCUGCAGUGUUCGCGGAAACUUCCUGAGAGAGGUGUUUCUGUCAUCAGGUGAGUUUGCUGGCAGGACAGCUUAGGGUGCUGGUGUAGGAAGCAUGGUUUUCAUUCUUUUUUGCCUGAUGAACUUCCUUCUGCUAGUUUACAAACUCUUCAUUCCAGACAGGCUCACCUGAGAGAAGGUAGUGCAGGAACUUUUUAUCCUUCUUCUCAGUCAGUAACAGGAUGCUGAAAUAAGUUGUCUAGAAAAACAAGGAGAAGCUUCUGAUGGUCAAGUCCCAGGCGCCUUUAGGCCUGGUGGUACAGACCUUCUGGGAUGUGGCCAGCUGUUUUGCUUUUGCAUGUCGACUUUCCUACCUUUUGAGCUGUUGGUAGAUAGGAGUGUGGUGUGGUGGUGGCUGGAGAUGUGACCAGGCAGGAGGCGGGUAAGUGGCUGUCUUCUUUGCAGAAUCAUCUCUGCACUGCUCGGUAUGAACAGCAGUGGCAACAGCCACACCCAGUUACUGCAUCCAGAGAUGGGCGAGGUGCCUGAGACACUUGGCUGCCAGCAUCUAGAACCUCGGCUGAGCCUUCUGGGGAUGAGUGUGCUCGUGGCUGACAAAAAGCAGACUCCUUGAAGGCUUAUUCAUAGGAGUCCUGCGGAAUUAGCAGUAAACACAAACCCGCCGAGGCACACAGGCUGGGCCAGGGCAGCCUCCAGGCCAGUGAGCUAGUGGUUCACUGCAGCGGCACGCAGCUCGUACCUGUUUUAUGUACCUGCAGAUCUCCCCCACGAGCUGACUUCUCUCAGACCUUUCACACGUGGGCAGCCCUCGCCUGGAGUUUUCAGCGGGGGUGAGUCUGAAAAGCAGCGACAAGGUGUGUCGAAGGCCUUUCCUUGUCUGCACAUUUAUCUCAGAGUCACUCCGAGAUAAAAGGCUGCCAAGGGCAGAAGAACACACACGUGUCCGAGCUUCCCCUGGGGCUCACGGCAGUGGCAACUUGGCUUGAGGCGAGCACGCUGGCUUGGAAGGCUUGAGGAAACAAGCAGGGCUUAUUUCUUUGCAAUUUAUAUUUCUGGGUCAGGGCCUGUCAGAGACAGAGCAAAGUCAGCCAUUCAGCAUUCUGUUUAGAAAAUAAUGAUACAGUUCAGGGAGAAAGAAAGCUCGGGAUAAAACGUGUUUUCUGGCCGGGCUAUACUCAAGUGUUCCGAGCCAGGAAUGGAGACUCUGGAACGGGGGAUUUCUCUGGCAUUCUCCACCUCUGAUAAAUCACAGAUUGAACUCAAGCAUCCUUAGAGUAAUUUUUUUUUUUUCCGUAUUUCACUUUAUAAUGUAGUGCAAACAGCUUUUAUGUUUUCUAUGACAAAGAAUCUUAGCUGAGUCACUUUAGGUCUUUUAGCUGGAAGUAUUUCACCCCAAAUGAAAAGUUAAGGCAUUUUUUACAAGGAUUAACAUGCUGACUGCAACUUGCCCUUCGGCAGAUGACAAUAGGGCAUUCUGGAAGGUUUGGAACAAGUUUGUUAGUGUGGUUUUUUAAAAAACAUAUAAAGAGGCAACUCCUCACUGCGAAGCUUUCUGCAGAACUCCGGCACCCGCUUACAGCGCGGUGCUGUUGAGUGGCCCUGCGGGGGCAGCAGCACCUGACAGGAUGGGUGCCCCACCCAUCACACCCCUUUACUCCGACUCCAGUGCUGUGAUUUCAAGAAAAUGGGCAAAACUCGAAGUGGCAGUGAUGCCAUCAGAGCUCAAUGACACACCAUUCCCUCAACAGCUAAGACAAAAUUAACUAUCGUGGGGCAUUACAAGCCCUCUCAUUUUGCAGCGAUGCUCAGUUUCUCAGCGUGGCUUUGGAGUAAGAUGGGACAGGGGUGAUGUUUUUAAACUCAUUGAAUGUGAGAGCUGAAAUCUCCUUUGCCAGCUGUCUUCCAGCUCUGUUUGGCCAGAGCAGAACUCCGAGGCUUGGGGGCUGGAGGUGGGGCCGCCUCCCUGCUGCCCAGCUUGGCCAUUUGGGCAGCACGAGCUGACGUCGCGAAUGCUGCCCUGCUCAGGUCAGCUGGCAGGGAGCUCUUCGAGGGCAGGUACAAAUCCCCUGUGUAUAGGUAUUCGCAACUUUAAAUAGAUUGUACAUAUUGAAAUGUAAAUGAACUGUAAAACAGCAAUCUCUAUUUUUCUUGACGAUUAUAUAGCAAUAUAUAUUUGUUAAACAUGCUUAUCUACUCUUCAUUAACCAUUUUAAUAUUUUGUACAGAUAAGUUGAUUAAAUAUUUUAUUGAUAAAACUUCCCCUGGCUGGUCUUUAGAGAACUAACCUUUGACUUGUUAUUCAGCCUUUCUGUGUUAGUCUGCUCUUGCUCCUCAACGCUAAGAACAGUGAUCAGCCAUUUAGGCAUCAGGAGUGACCACAUGAAAACAGGGGAACUAUGUGGGACUUCUGGACCUGUCCAUCUCUCUGACCCAUCCCUUGAAACACCUUGGGCUGUAGUGAGGAGCUGUCCAUGAGGUUGGGGGCCUCAGGCACGGGGCUGCUGCUCCCUGGGUCUUUGUGACUGGUGUGACACUGUGUGCAGCCCCACGCUGCCUGAAGCCACUGCGCGGGAAGGUAGAAAAACCGUUUGGGUUCAGGAGAGAAGAGGCCAAAAUGCAGUGGAAAACAUUUUCUCUUUGGAAAAUGAGCACUGUCAUUUACAAUGAGUGACUGCGGUCCUUCCAAGCACAGUUUGAGUGGACAGCUUUCUGCUUUCACACACAUCAGGCUGCUGUAGGCUUGCUGUCACUUCCAAGCAUGAGCACGGCCACUCUGGAGCCUCUAAAAUCCAGAGGUGUGAAGCCCGACUGCAGCAGCUUCCUCCGCAAGGCCAGCUGUCUGUCAGGGAAACCAAGAGGGUCCUGCAGCAGGUUUGACAGGCACUUCUGCUCAGUACUCUUCUAGACAAAGACAAAGAUCAGUGCUCGGUGACCCGGCACGGCCUUGCCUCCUUCAGCAUCUCUCUCAGACUGGGCAGGAGAGGACCAACCACACAAGCGUUCUGCCCUCCUGGCUCCACACCUGACUUUUUCCUACAAGAGAUGGAGGAGUAAGCUGUUCCAUCUAUUCCUUAAAUAUUUCUGGGACAGGGUUAGUGACAAAGCAGCGGUUGUGGGAAGAUGAAGGGGACUUGCCCUCGUGACUUGUUAGCAGGAUUACUUCCUCUGGGAGGUGGAUGGGCCAGUGUGACCCACCUUUUUGCAGAGCGAUGGCAGCACACCCCCACUGUAAUCCAAUGUUCCUGCAGUAUGUUCAUGCCAGUCCCUGCGGUCAUGUGUGUCCCUCUCUGGUGAAAGGGAGAUCAAGAAAGUCUGCUCUGUUUUUGCUUCUUAAUUUCACUACUACUAAAUGGAGUCUUUUUCUUUGGAAGCAAAAUUAUGUUCACCUUUCAACUAACUCAUUUGGCAGGUACAGUAAACGGGUAAGUUUUAUGACCCUGCCAUGGAAAGUGUCAAGUCUUGUCAUGCUUUGUUUAUAACAAUCCUUGGUCAGUUCUUCAUUUUCUCAUUUUUCAGUCUCCACUUGACCAACCCCAGCAUUCUGUGGUUAGAGGAUUACACGUUCCGUAGAGAAGGGGUAGUUCUCUACUGGGAGAAAGGGAAGUCAGGGGUAGCACUUAAGAUUUUAUCCUAUUUCCAAAACACUGAUGAGAGCAAGUCUCAAAGGCCCUGCAAUGACUGGUGCUACAAGAAGGUGAAGAUAGACUUCUCCGUGCCCCUGGUAUGCCCGAUGCCUGCUCACUUCCAAGCAGGCCAAGGCAAAGAUGCCGCCAACCGCUGCCCCACCGAGGGCGGUGCUGCCUGACCUGGUGAUGGAGGCGCUGUGUUCCUGUGCCCCUGGGAAGUCUACCCUCUUCUGUUCAGAAGGAACAGUGAUCUGGGGAGAAACUCGUUUGUUGCAAUGUGUCACCAGCAUGCAGCCACUGACCGUGAGGCUGUGGGCGUCUGCUGAGUCCUAAUAACAUCCAGGUGUGAGGCCCUUCAGCAGUGACCAGUAGGAGGAAACCCAGAUGUUCCGCAGAGCCUGAGCAGGGUGGAUUUGCAGAGGCGGGAUGCUAGUCCCUCUGUGAGGGAAGGAGGCCCUGCAGGUGCACCCGCACCCCCUGGCUGUAAUGGACGCCCAGUCACAGGGUCACAUUCCCAUCCCAGGGAACAGGAAUUUUCCCAUAGACUUACCCAGCAAGGAAGUCUGUCCCAAAGUAGGGAGGUCAGCAUAGGCCCCUUUGCCAGAAUGUCUGAGGAAUGCAAUACAAAAUGAAAAUACUCUGCUGUCCCAGAGCACGGGCUUGUGUAGUGUUGCUGCAAUUCCCACUUGGGGUGCUGCAUGGGGUCAGUGCUCAACAAAUAAUAACCACAUAUGUGGUAGUUGCUAAUACCCAAACUCCAGAGGUUUUUUAGGAAUGGAAGUAACAGUUGCAGCCGGAGGGGACAAGAAGAAUGGGCCACGAAGUGUUGUGGCCUUGCUUUCUCAUGGUCCCCCAGUGCCAGAAAGCCAACAGUCAAUGUCCUUGAAUCCACCUGACCCAGUUAUGCACAGUUUGGCGGCAGAAACGCUAAUGGGAAAGAAGAGCAAGACCAUUCAUACUCCAUUCACAUAUGCAAUUUCGAGGGACUGAGAUGUGAUUCCCUGAUGGUGUGACCAACUGAGAGAAUCAUGUUUCUUGAGAGCUUGCCUAUUAGGUAUGGUAGAAACUUUUAUUCAGAUAACACUUAUUGAAUAUUCCACGUGGCAGGCCCUAUUUUAUAAGCCCUGAGAAUACAGAGAUGACUAAGACACAAGUCCCAUCUCCGAGGACUCUCCUUUUAAGGGCAGGAAGGAGUGUCAGGCACGCGCAUGGAGGAGCAGACUGGUAAAAAUAUAAUUCCUGCAACAAUGGUAAGUACUUCAAUAGAGACAUGGCCAGGGGACCAUGAGGGCUCGGUGGGGAGACGGGGAGAGAGGGACUGCUCUGGGAGGCAGCAGCAGUUGGUAUUUUGGGCCAAGUCUCCAGGGGGCGGAGUAGAGGCAUGGGCACUCUCAAAGCUGGAGCAGUUCAUUCCAAAGGUUGCAGAGCUCAGCAUACGUUCAGAGUCGACAGAAGUUGGUGUGUCUGGAGCACCAGGCUGUGGCAGAGCUGCAGAGGGUCGGCGUGUGUGGCUGCUGAUGCCUCAGCCCUGACUCUCGCAUGCAGGCUUUCCUCUUCACAAUCCACUGCCUGGCAUUUGCCUCCACUCCCCCUGAAAACCGCUGUUUUAUCUUUCAUUCUUUUAAAACUACUCAGUUGCUACCAACUAUCUACUCUUCACUUCAACUGCAAACCUGGCCCUCAUUUGCCCCUCCCUUGCCAACCCUCCACUCUCUCUUUUUUUUUUGGUGAGGAAGACUGGCCCUGAGCUAACCUGUUGCCAACUUUCCUCUUUUUGCUUGAGGCAGAGUGGCCCUGAGCUAAUAUCUGUGCCCA